UCCUACACAAUAGUUUAGAAGUGGGUGUUUAGAUUCAGUCAGCUGCUUUCCCUCGUCUUCCUAAUGCCACACUAAUCGUCUUAUUUAUUUAGUUUUUUUUUUUUUUUAUAUAACUACAUAUGACCCCCUCCUCCUCGAGUAGCAGCACCACCCAGGGCUAACGCGUGGGGAUUUCACUUUUUUUUUUUCCCUGCUCGCUAUUCAGAUGGAAGUAGGGGGUGCGCAAGGCGGAUGCUUGCCAAUGAUGUGCAUGUUACAAGAAAUGGUACCGAAUCUGAGACAAUUUCUACUACACCCAACUGGACGGCUGCAGUCUUCUUGCGCAGAUCACCAGAUCCCCUUUCUGCUACGGAGGCAAUUGAACUGAAAUAAGGCAGAAAGAACCAAUAGAUUGCAGAGUCUAAAUGAAGGUGUUCAGCCAUGCAAUGUUCCUGGAAGGCUGUUCUCCUGCUUGCCUUGGCUUCUAUAGCGAUUCAGUACACAGCAAUCAGGACAUUUACAGCCAAGCACUUCCAGAUCUGUCCGGUGCCUAAUCCACAGAACUGUGGUUUAGGACAAGAAACUGAUUCCUUUGACAGACUGUGUGAUGAGUCUCCUUCCUUUACUUACAAUAUCACCAGGAAGACACAUAUUCUAAUCCUGGCUACCACCAGAAGUGGCUCCUCUUUUAUUGGGCAACUGUUUAAUCAACAUUCCGAUGUGUUUUACUUGUUUGAGCCUCUUUACCACGUGCAGACAACACUAAUUCCCCGGAUGUCCCACAGCAAAACCACUGCGGACAGGAGGGUCAUGCUGGGUGCCAGCCGUGACCUCCUGAGAAGUCUGUACGACUGCGACUUGUAUUUUCUAGAAAGCUACAUCAAACCUCAACCGGUGAACCACACGACAGACAAACUCUUCAGAAGAGGAGCGAGCAAAGCCUUGUGCUCGCCACCAGUGUGCGACGCGUUCCGUCCCAGUGAGGUCAACAUCGAGGAAGGGGAUUGUGUUAAAAAAUGUGCUGCUCUAAACAUUACCUUGGCCACGGAUUCCUGCAAAGACCGGAGACAUGUUGCUAUCAAAAUAGUGAGGGUUCCGGAAAUCAACGAUCUCAGGGCUUUGGUGGAAGACCCUCGGCUAAACCUGAAAAUUAUACAGCUGGUUCGAGAUCCCAGGGGGAUCCUGGCCUCCAGGAUCGAAACCUUCAGAGAUACCUACAGACUCUGGAGGAUCUGGAGGGCUAGCGGCAGGAAACCGUACAACUUGGACUUGUCCCAGCUUACGAUGGUCUGUGAGGAUUUCCUGAAUUCCGUCUCCACUGGGCUUAGCAGGCCACCUUGGCUGAAAGGGAAGUACAUGGUGGUGAGGUACGAGGAUCUAGCAAGGAACCCGCUCAAGAAAACCAAGGAGAUCUUUGAAUACCUGGGAAUGUCCCUGGACAGUAAUGUGGUAGAGUGGAUACAAACCAACACUCGGGGAACCAAUGAGUUAUCAGCCAAGCAUAAAUACGGGACAGUAAGGGACUCGGCAGCCAAUGCUGAAAGCUGGAGGUUAAAACUCUCUUACGACAUGGUAGACUACACCCAAACUGUUUGUCACCAGAUUCUAAACCAACUGGGUUACAGAAUGGUAGAAUCCCCAGAGGAACUUAAAAACACGUCCCUGACGUUGGUUGAGGAAAGGAAUUUUUCACCAUUUUUGUAAUAAAGGUACUGUAGUUGUGGGACAACUAUUUUUGAUAUAUUUAGAACUGUUGCCUUAUUUUUAAAUUUUUGCACUAUGAUUCCAAAACCUUGAAGGCAUCUUUUUGGAUACCCUUAUUUCUUACAAACAGCACAAAAUAGAUUCUGUACUGUUUAAAGUGAACUGAGCUAAAAUUAAUGAAACUGGCAAUGCCCCAUGCUAUUUACAUUGUGAGAAUAGACAACACAGUAACACACACACAAGCAGGCAACCACACCUUGUCUGAUGUUUUAUAAAAGGACCAUAAUGUUUACUCAACAACGAAGCAAAACUCAAGCACCAUUCUCCUCUAAACGAUAACUGUUUGCUGGCUGUUGCAUUGACAAAAGUGAAUGUUGUUGUUUGUCUAUUUUUGAGUAAUUGGACCAGUAUGGUUCUGUGACAAAUGUAUUAAAUACCUGUGGCAGAAAUGUUAAACAAACUUUAAAACAUGUGCAAUAAAAAACAGAAUGUCACAGUUAAACCUUAGUAGUAUUUUAGUUCUAUAAAGACAAUUUUAAGAAAGAAAAAUGCCCAUAUAUGUCCAUGGUAAGCUGCAACUAUAUUCCAUUACAACUCUCUGGAAGUCUGAUAAUGUGAACUUGAAGUAUUCAUACAAUUCUCUUAGAAUAUUAUUUGAAAAAAAAAAAGUUGUAAGUGAAAAUAUGGACGCAAUAGAAAGUCAGCAAGAGUUAAUUUCUGUGAUUAUUCUCUUAGUACUUCAGGUGGGAGCUAAAAGGUUAACCCUGUUUUGUAUUUUAUGAAUUACAAAGACGUUAUUUUAUUUUCACACAACUCCUUUAAUAACAAGUGAACGACAUAUUCCAACUACCAUUUAAACAGGUGGGGUUUUCCUGUGUGUGAGACAUACAGUACAUGUAUGUGUCUCCCAAGCAAUAACAGGUUAAGAACAUCGGUCAGUCACAAGACAAAAAAAAAACAAAAGAUAAAUAGGACAAUAAAAGAUAAUGGUAAUAACGAACACAAACAAAGCACUCCAGCCAUGUUCUUUCCUGGUUUCACCUUUCAUGGUUAUUAUAGUUAUAAUGUAAAUGUUUUAGCCCUGCCUACUUCUUCUAAAUACAAAAAUCAGUAAGUAUCUGCUUAAAUGGCUUCAUUUCAGAAAAAAAAAAAACACAGAACAAAAUGUCCUUAGUCUACCACGGAGUGUGUUAAUCUUGGCAUACACAGGUAUUGGGAUUUCAUAACAAGGCUGUACAGAUCUUACUGAGGUUUUGGAAAACAUUUUGGGCAGUGACUAUGAAGGGGGAAAAAAAACAACUAAAAAAGCACAUAUUGCUUGAUAUGAUUUUGUUCAGGCUGUAAUGUUUGUACACUUGCAUCCAUUUUGAAAUGCCAGCUGCUAUACCUGUUAAAAAGGUUCUUGCUAAACAGGGUUUGUUUAAGUCUUGUUUUGUGUCUUUGUUGGUUCAGUUGUAUUUAUUAAAGAGUACAUCGUUCUGUUU